AUUGACGCCAUCAACAAGCGCCUAUAACUACUGGCAAUGAGACAGCAGUCUAGAGACUUGACAGUAAACUUAUUAGACAAUUGUCAACUUAGUCAAGUGUUAUAAUAAAUCGAGUGCUCAUUUUGAGCCACUAUGUCAAUCAAAGCUCAAAUUUCAUGUCUAAUUAGAGGGAAAAAAUGUAAGUAUUAGGUAUAAUAAAAAAAAUAAUUAGACUUUUACAUUAAAAUAAUAUUAUUUUAUAAAGAAAAAAAACGAAUUGGAUAAUAAAAAAAAUAAGGAGAAAAAAAAUUGAGAAAACGAUACAUAAAUGAAUUUAUAAAAUAAAUAUGACAACUCUUAAUUUUAUAAUCCCCACAUGUGUCAAAAAUUAUUAUGAAAAUUUCCAAUAUUUCAACAAGAUACUUCAUAAUUUCCCCAGGGUAAUUAAUCUAAAUUUUAAUGUAAGUCAAUCACAUUAUAACUCUCCCUGCGUGUUAAGUCUAAAUAAAAAAUCUACAUUUUGUGUAAACAAUGGUAUUUACAAUGUGUCUCUCCAUCUAAAAUCAUACAAUGGUGUCUAGUCUUGGUUAUCGCUUAGAACUUACAUUUUAGUAUUAGAGAAUACAAAGUUAGUUUAGAAGUGUGUACAAGUGCUAAGCAUGUCUUAAAUUAAAAAAAACUUAACAAUCUGAGGUUAUUGAUUUAAAAAAUAGAUGCCUUAAAGAAAUUGAAGGCAAAUACAAUUCUUUUUCUUUUUUUUUAAAGACAAAAAUCAUGAUGCUAAAGGAGCUAACUUUUAUAAUUUCAUGACUUAAAUUAUCUCAAAAUUUAAAGCCAAAAAAAAUUAAAACAUCAACGAUUUAUUAAAAAAAAAUGCCAUGUCAAGAUUUCAGAAUGUUUUGUCACUUUCCUCUCUGUCAUUUUGAGUUUUCAUACCACGUGAAUGGCUCAUUACAAAUGUAAACCUGUAAAACUCUCUCGAGUUGAGGAGGUUGAAUGUUUUAUCUGAUCCUUAAAUCAACGAUUUAACAUCAAGAAAUCCUGAAACCCACGCUAUCUUAUCCCAAAACAACAAAACUUGAUGACCAAAAUGCUAAGGUUUUCUCGAUGGACCACCCUAUUAAGGAAAUUAUGUCAGACACUAAAAGAUGUCAUUAUUUUUUAUUUCGCUCUUGUGUAGCCUUAUUACAAAUCAUCCUCUAACUCACCCCUCCCCACUUCAUUUCAUGUAGAUAAUUCCGAUAUACAGUUUACUUUCUCCGUUGGGAAUCUUGGUUAUAUUCUGUCUAACAACAUGCCUCUCGAUAAUCAUAUUUCUCACAUUUGUUGCUCUGCAUAAACCGCUAUUCGUCAGAUCAGCUUCAUCCGCCAAUCCAUCACAUUUAGUGCAACAAAAACCCUAGUCUAUGCUCUUGUUCUCUCUCAUUUUAACUAUUUUAACUCUCUUUUAUCAGGUUCACCAAAACACUUCUUAGAAAAAUUACAUGGGUUUCAAAACUCAGCUGUUAGGCUAGUUCUAAAGCGAAAAUUACGUGAUCAAGUCACACCACUACUUCAUUCAAUUUAUUGGCUCCAUGUACAAGGACGGAUUGACUAAAAACUCUCUGUUCUCUGCCACAAAUUCUUCUCGAAUUCCUCCCCUUCCUAUCUAACCGAACUUCUCACUGUCUAUUCACCCCUUCGACAGCUUCGCCCUCCGCAGACGCGCGUAUUCUUUCUGUCCCCAAGACUCGCACAAAAACACACGGUGAACGAUCGUUCUCUUUCUGUGUCCCUGAAAAAUGGAAUUCUCUUCCAUUACACAUCCCAAUAUACCGACCAUCACAACCUUUAAAAUUGCACUCAAAACACAUCUUUUUAAACGCUACUAUCCUGACUGAUUCCCACCUCUGACCGAAAAACGAUGCUACUUGGUGUCGUCCAUGCCUUGACAUGUUAAUAGUUUUAAAUGUUCAUUUGUUUUGUUAUAUUUAUUUAAUGUAUGUCAAUUAAUUUUUAAUUUUUUAAAUUAUGUUUGUUAAAUUAUAUGUACAGCGUGGUCGAGCCCAGCCCUUGGCGGGGGUACCACACUUUAUGAAACCACUGAUAAUAAUAAUAAUUGAUUUUUGGCAUAUCUACCCUUUGAUUUUAAUGAAUUGGGAGUGUUUAGACGAUACCUAUAGGUACUGGAAUGUUUCCAAUAUUUUAUUGAUUAUAUUUGUGUAAAAAAUUAGUAUUGGAUUUAAUUUAUGAAAGGGGAUGUUUUUUGGUUAAUUUAGAAAAGGUAUUUUGACUCUAACGCAUGCAGUAUAUUAACGUCUUUGAUAAACACAGGUAUAUAUUUAUGAAUAAAAUAUUGAGAAAAUCUUACAUCUAUAAAAUAUGUCUGGGAUAAAGUUGUAUAUAUAUUUCUCUAAACUUUGCAAUAUUUGCCUUUACAUGUGCACUUAUUAUAUAGCGCGGUACCCCAGCCUAGGGUUAGGCUCAGGGCGCUUACAUAAAAAAUUAACAAAAAGAAGAAAAAAAGAGAAUAAUACAUCUAUUUAUCUGUGUGUUUGUGUGUUCUGUUUGAUUCAUUCUUUGUUGUUUAUUUGUUUUAAUUUAUUAGUUUUUUUUAUAAUUUAAUAAAUAUUUAAAAUGUGUCAAUUAUUGUAACUGCAAUUCAAGUAUACCGUAAAAAUGCAAGCUUUAAUGUAAACCUUUAAAAGAUAUUAAAUUAAGUGAUCCAAAACGAUCAAUAAAUUGAUCGUGGGCCCUAAAUAUAUCGAGGAAAUCUCACUGUGUAUUGAUUUUCUUAAGGGGCGUUUUAUUAAUAGCCAUACUGCGAAAAUGACAAGUCCAAUAAUUACAUCAAGAAUUGUUAAAACAUUUUUGACCCCUCCUCUUUGUCAACAACUGUUAAACUUCAAUGACCCCCCCCCCCGAUCAAGUAACUAUAUCAUCUUUUUCAUAUCCAUUAAAACAUUUUUGACCCCCCCUCUUUGUCAACAACUGUUAAACUUCAAUGCCCCCCCCCCCGAUCAAGUAACUAUAUCAUCUUUUUCAUAUCCCCCCCCCCCAAUAAAAAAUUAAUGAAAUAAUAAAUUAAUUAAAAUAAAUGAUUGAUAAUAAAAAUAAAUAUAUCCAUACCUUUGUCAUUGUACUGAUCUAUUUUAAUGACACAACAUUGGAGGAAAAACAUUUUAUUACAUCUUUAGCUUUUUAACCAACAAGUUAUAGCUUGUUAACCAACAAGUUAAAAAGUUUUUACACUAAAAUUUUAUAAUGCAGAAUCUAUGAAAGGUUGUUAAAGACUAAAUGUCAUUGUUUGUGGAGGUAUCGAUGUGAUUAUUGUAAGUAUAGCUCAUCUUCCCAUAGAGAAGCCAGGUAACAAUUGGCAUAGUGGCUGAUUUAUUAUUUUCAUUUUGCAGAUCUGCUAUAUCAGAAAUUUUAACAUCAACCUCAUCUAAACAUUCAGCACUUAAAAUAAAAGCAUUGUCAGUGUGAGCAAUAAUAGUCAUAAGCUCUCGCUGUCUCCUGGCAGUAAAUUGCAUUAGUCGAGUCCAUUUUUCUUGAGGAGCAGUUGGUAAUUUCUUAUGAAUUGUUGGUGCCGUGGAAAAUGCUAUUUCCACAUGACUUGUGAUUCAAAAUAGAUGUAACAGAUUUUGCAAAUUCGUUCAUGCUGCGAUGCUAUUAUUGUUACUCGCUUUACUUUCGCCUAAUUCGCAAAAUAUCGUAUUCCUACUCUAACAAUAUCAUUUAUCUUGACUGCUCAUGACACCUAAAAUUAUAUGACCAUUUACACUCAUUAAUUUUUAAAAUAAUGUAAUAAUCGGUCAAUUUUAAUUAAAUUGAGAAAACAUGAUUGUUGACGUCAACUAAUCUAAACCCCUCCCCCCCUGUCAACAACUGUCAACCAUUCCCAAACAUUCCUCCCCCCCCCUGUUUUUUGACAUAAUUAAUGGACGGCCCCUAAUAUGGUAAAUGAAUAUUUAUUACUAUUUUGAUUUAUUUUCACCUUGUAUUUUAAGCUUAUUGUUUAUUGCCGUAAUCAUUAUUAAAUAUAUGCUCAAUUUUUCAAAUUUAAAAUUUAGAUUCUCCAAACAAACAGAACGUUAAUGGGAAGUUUUCUCCAGUAAGUGUCCACAGAUUGCUGAAAGAAAGCUCUGGAGUAGGAACUAAAAACAUUAAUUAUAUAAAUUUAUAAAAUGUGUAUACUGCAACAAUAGGUAAGGGGCUCUUAACAUGUUGCAGCACCGCAGUCCCUCUUCACUCCAACACCAUUUCAAAACAUAUAUUUUCCCCUUAUGACAGCAACGAUAACACAAUAUGAAUUAAAAAUGAAUAUAAACUUGAUUUUUUAUGAGUCUUUCCGCACCCCAUGAAACAGCCUCUCAAAACCUCAGGGUAUGAGUGCACCCCUGCCUAAAAAAACAUGACGUAAUAUAUCCGGUAUUCAUUGUUUGGCUAUAAAUAUUUUUUAUGUCAACAUUUAUUGUUUAUUAUUAAAGCAUGGUGAAAACUGACAUUUGAAAAUUUUAAAUUCAAAUUGCCAUAAAUAAAAUUAAAAAAAAUAACUUCUAAUGAAGCUUGGAAUUUCAUCACUGACCACUUCAAACUAGAGCUAACCCCCGUAAUAACUGAUUCAAAUCUGGAGCAUGCCCGUGGCGUAAUAGUUUGGUCAAGUGGAUUUGUUAUUCAGUAUCCAGGUGAGAUUAUUGAUUAUUUGAGAAGUAUUUGUUUAUAACCACGUUUAAUGCAUUCAUCAAAUUUUAAGCUGACAUAAAGAAUUCACGUUUUUAGAAUGUUACCAUUCAGAAUUUUUUUUUCUAUCGUUCCUAGACUUCGAAUUGUGUUUCCUGUACUGCAUCAAUUAUUCCUGUAGUGAAUAAGUUUAUAAUCGCUGCAUUCACUACAACUAAUUCAUAAUAUGAACAAGUGGUUACAAAAACAAUUAUAUUUUGUCAUUUGCAGAUUAAUGUUGUCUUUUAAAUAAGGUUUACAAUAUUUUUUCACUGUACUUAGUCAGAUUAUCUUACCUAGUACUUGGUCGGAUCAUCUUAUCUGAUACUUUGUAAGAUCAUGUUAACUGGUACUUGGUCAGAUCACCUUACAUUUUACCUUGUCAGAUCAUCUUACCUGGUACUUGGUCAGAUCAUCUUAACUGGUACCAUGUCAGUUCAUCUUACCUUGUACCUUGUCUGAUCCUCAUACCUGGUACUUGGUCAAGUCAGUUUAACUUCCGCUAUUAGAAUAUAUUACAAAAUAUCUAUAAAAAUCUUUAAAUAGCCAAUUUAUUAUAGAGAUGUUUUUAUGUAGACAUGAAUUAAUGAAUUAUGUUAAAUAUGUUAUUCAACAUUUUUUUCCUUAAAAAUAAAAUUUAACUGUCAUUGGGAUUUCUGAAAGGCUCCAGUAUUUCAAAACUGAUUUUUUUUUCUUCAGGCUUGUAUAACGUAUAUAGCAGUUUGGCUGUUCAAAAUUCUCCGGAAGAGAAUAAGUGGUCUACCGCAGUAAGUGAUUUAUUGAUAAGCAUUACAAUAUAUCAAUAUAUUACAAUAUAAUGCACCUAACAUUAACUACCAAAAGGAACUGAACAUUUUUUUCAUGUUUUAAUUGUAUAAAGUAAAAUCUAUUUAUAGUUCAUCCAUGAAUAAAUCCACAAGUGUUAGUUUAUAAUUUAACUUGCUUGAAUGCAUACGAAAAAAAUGAUUUAUGACGUCAAUUUAAAUUAAACAACUCCUAAAAACAGUUUUUCGUCUAAGUCCUUUAUAUAUACAAUAUCGAGCAAUUUGGGGGGGGGGGUCGAAAAUAAAUUUAAAAACCGUACGUUCAUGUAGAGCACUUUAUAAGAUUCGCAAUUAGUGCACCCCCCCCCCAGGCUCGUAACCGUUACAUAUUUUUAUGCCCCUGAAAUAUAUUAAUAUUCGAAUGACCCGCCCGCUUUUACAUCGCAUAUUUAGUUCAACAACUGUUGCAGACGAGUAGAACAACAUAUUAUGCACCAAACGCACUUGCGAUUUAUUAUUUUUUUUUAAAAGUAUCUCAUUUAGUGCUGUUGUUGGUACAUUUGCUUCAUGUUCCACCUUGAAAAAAUGACAUUUGGUGAUUUUUUUAUAUUUUUUGGGGGGGGGGUGGGGGGGGGGGGGUUGUGGCGCUAAAAAAAUUGAUAUAAUGUGUUGUCAUCAGCAACACGUUUAUAUGUCAAAUUACAGCUUGAUUUCUUGACGAGAAGUAGGUUAUGAGCCGUCCGAAGAUUUUGCCUACCACCCAGCCAGCCACCCACGUCAAAAGCGAAGUUAAUAUAAAGGAGUUUCAAAAACAAACAAAAAUUGUCUUAUCAAAAUUGUUACACACGUGUAGAUACUUAUAAAAUAUUUUUUAACAUAAUUACAGCCGUUGGCCUAUUACGUAACCAGAAGCAGCCCCAAUAGCCCUAUGUACAGUGGUGUCUUGCUGAGAUCUGUUCAGACAAAGUGUAUUUCCUGUUCUCAGCAUCAGAAGGCUCUAUUUUCUGGUAUAUAAAAAUUUUGCACUUGUUUAUUAAAAAUUUAAGCUUUAUUUUAAAUUGAAAACUGUGCAUACGAUCUUUUUAUAUCUCGAGAUUAAUCGUGGACAAAACCAUACACUUUAUAAUCAGUUUAAAACAAAUAAUAAAGACAAUAUCAUUAUGUUAUGUAACCACCUCACGAGAUGGGACUAAAAAUAGUAAAAACUUCAAAACACAAUUUCUUUAUCAGAGAAUGAUGAGGAAAAAUGAAUCAAAUGUUUUCUAAUGAAAACUGAAUAAAUAUUAAUACAACUUUAUUUAAGUACAAAAAAAAACCCCAAAAAACAAUAAUAAUAAUGAUAAAUUAAUUUUUUUUAAAUAUUGUUUUUUUUUUACACCGAUUGCCAAAAUUCAAAAUAAUUCAAUAAAUUGCAUAUUUAAAAAGAAAUAAUAAUAAUCUUUAAAAAAAUGAAAAUGUCAAAUUUAUUUAAUUAACUUUUAUCCAAAAUCUAUUGUAAUGAUAUUGAUUACAAGGAAGUAUGGUUGGUAGAAUACUUGAACAACUAUUGUCUAAGACUUCAUCUUUCACCUAGUUGUAUAUUUAUACUAAACCAGGUGGUGUGUUUCAACUUGUCAGAGGGGACAUCAUCAAACUCUCUCUUGCGCGACCAUCGAUGGUAAAAGCUGAUACCG